GCAUCCGCUCAAACGAACGAUUUAUCACAGGGACCAUUCAUUCAGCUGAUCUUCAGUGCAGCGGAAGUAAAACAAUUAUUUGAGGUCUUCUUUUGCUGCUCUCGUCCUUGAAGAAAAAUCUCAAGAAACAAUACGAAGCACAUUGCUAACGUUGAUCGUUCAUUCACUUUUUUACUUUUCAUGAACAUGAGUUGCGCGAUCAGUUAGUGACGAUCAUACAACCCCCACCGAAAACUGACAAUUCUAUUUCCCUCUCCCAAAAAAAAAAAAACACAAAAAUGACAACCUCAGUCCGGUACGUCAUCGCCGACAUGGACGGGACGCUCCUGUCGCCCGACCACGUCAUCAGCGACUACACCCGCGAUACCCUUAAAGCCCUCGUGCACAAGCACGGCGUCACGCUCAUUCUGGCUACGGGCCGCAACGCGGCGGACAUCAAAAUCGUCUCCAACAAUCUGCGAAAAUACAUUUGGGGAGAAGACAUCACUUUGGACCGUCCUUCAUCGCCCGCCAGCCCGUCUCGGGCACCCAUGAUGUACCUCCUCACGUCCAACGGCGCCAUCGCACACAACGCCGUCACGCACGAGCUGGUCUUCCAGACCUGUGUGGACCCCGCCAUCGCGGAGAAGCUCUACCGACUCUUGCCGGACAGCGAAGAGGUGGUGAAUACGAACGUGUACCAGCAAGAGGACUGGAUCUGCCGCAUCGACUGGCCGGAGAUGCUGACGGUGCACAAGGAAAGCGGGAUUCAAUUUAUCCACGUGCCAAAUGCGCCGCCGCGGUCUGCGGAGCCGGUGCCGAGCAUGGCGCCAAGCGGGUGGAACCGCGGCGUGGCCGUGGGCAACUACGACAACAUCUCGAAGGUAUUCUUCAUCACCGAUGACGAGGCACGUCUUCCUUCAUUGGCGGAAGAGGUGCAGAAGAUUGCGGUGUCGUGCGGCGGCAACCCCGUCUCGCUCACCUUCUCGGCAUCCGACUGCAUGGACAUCAUGGCAGAGGGCGUGUGCAAGGGUCAGGCGCUUCGCAAACUAUUCAGCGUGCUUUUGUCGCCGAAGGAAGGGAGAGACGUGGUGGCGGAAGCGUUGGAGGCGUCGAUUGCGUUUGGCGAUGGGCUGAACGACGCAGAAAUGCUGACGGAGGUGGGCAAGGGCUGUGUCAUGGGCAACGCGAGUCCGAAACUCAAGGCGCUGCAUCCGGAACUGGAGGUGGUGUUGCGGAACGGCGAGGAUGGUGUGGCAAAGAAACUGCGCAGUGUGUUUGGCAUUCCCCUGUAG